GAGUUUUUCCGAACUGCUGCUUCCCCGACUGAAGGAAGCAGAAAGUUGGGAAGGGCGCGGGGGUGAAAUCUUGGUGCCAGACUGGAUGGAACAGGGGCAGAAGCUGUGAAGCUGUCCACACUUGGCUGGUGUGGACUUGUCAAUGGAAAUCCAAGUGGUUACCGUGAAGGAAGAGACAGGGCCGGCCACACCCACCGUCUGCCCCCUGUGCCAGAAGGACCUUGCUGGGCCGCAGGGGCCGGUCCCACCAUGCCAGGGAUGCAAAAGCCUCGUGUCAGACUCCCACACUUGGUUGUCUGGCAACCAAGAGGCCCUGGCCCUCCCGACAGAAAGGCCCUACAGCUGCUCCUUCUGCCCCAAGAGCUUCAAGAGGGCCUCAGACCGGCGUGACCAUGAGCGGGUCCAUACAGGAGAAAGGCCAUACGGAUGUGGCAUCUGUGGCAAGCGAUUCACACAGAGCUCUGUGCUCUCUGGCCACAUGCGCAUUCAUACUGGCGAGCGGCCCUUCUCCUGCAGCGUCUGCUUUAAAUCUUUCAACAAUGGCUCUAACUUCCGCAAGCACCAGCGCAUCCAUGGGCAACCCCUUGGAUAUAGCAACAGGGGGGAUGAUGGGAAAGACUGUAUCCUCCUUCCUGGGGUGAAACAGAGACAACCAGCAGAAGGACAAGAUGGCUGCACCCCAAGCCAUGGGCUCCUGUCAAGGAAAAAUGGCUUCCCAAUUAUUAAAGGACUGAGGGAAGGUGCGAACAAGAGGGACCAGGACUCCAAAGGGAAGCAAAGUAAUCAUCAGAAUAAUAGGCUACCCCAAGAUAACAAGUGCAGUGGUGGCCAAAGGCAAAUUGGCAAUCGUGUGGACCAUAUUAAACAGAUGGGGCUAAAGCAAGAUGAUGCAAAUUGUGGCACUAACCUUGAAAUGAGGCAAGGUAGCCAAGGAGGUAUUGGCAUUAUUAAAGGUCUCGGGCAAGCAGGUAAUAGUAAAGGUCAUACUGGUGGCCUGGGGGAAAAUGGUGACUGUAGUCAUGACCAAGGGGUGACUCAGAAUGGUCAGACCUUUGAACAGCAGAAAUCUGAAGCUCAUGGUGAAAAUCACACUCAUAGCCUGAGGCAAAAUAGAGCAGGGGGAAGCCAUGCUCAGGGAGAACAGAAGCAAUGCUCUGACAGCCACAGUGAAAGGUUGCAGAUGGACGGCAGCAACUGUGGAAAAGGGCUUUUGCUAGUCAGUGGCAACAGAGCCUAUCUUCACAAGCUGAAUCAAGUCAGGGGCUAUUUGCUAACAAGGCCAAAUGGAGGAUACCUCAGAGGACUGAAGCAUAGCACUGGAGAGAGUAUUGGUACAGGUAUGGGUCAGAAUGGUAGAGGGGGAAGCCAUGUUGGUGGGCGGAGUCAAAGCAGGGACACCAGUGCCUUGGAGCUGAAACCAAAUGGCACUGGCCACUUCAGGGAGCUGAGACAAGAUGGUGGCCCCAAGGAGGAGAAACAGGUGGACUUGCAAAUGGGCACCCCAGAGAAGAUGAAUGCUCAUGCAAGAAAAGCAUCUUCCUGGACUGGUUCUAAAAAGGGCAGCGUUUUGGCCUGGGAAGAGCCCAGUGUAAGGAUCACGAAGGAUGAAUUUGAAGGAUGCUCUUCCUUAGACAGUGUUUCUCCCUGGGAACUUGAGAGCCCUGACUCAUGUUCUCUGCCUUUCAGUACCUCCACAUCCCCCAGUCGCCAUUCCUUCCAGGACCAGUUAGGAAACACAACUCGGCAUUGGGAAGAGGGCAUCCCUACCCCCUGCUUUCAUUUCCAAGAUCCUGAGCCCUACCAGCAGCACUCCCCAUCGGCAUUUGAUUCUAAGCCCUUCCUGUGCUUUGCAUGCCCCAAGCAAUUCCGCCGUGCCACAGACCUGAAGGAGCACCUGCGGGUGCACACAGGCGAAAGGCCCUUUGGCUGCGGGGUCUGUGGCAAGCGAUUCACACAGAGUUCAGCCCUAGCCACUCACCGGAGACUGCACACUGGGGAGAAGCCCUUCGAGUGUGCGGUCUGCUGCCGACGUUUCAAUAACUCUUCCAACUUUGCCAAGCACCGCCGCCUUCAUGGGCAGGAGGGCAUGAGACAUGGUGGCAAAACAGUGAAGAAAGAAUUAUGGAGCGUCAAGCCACAAUGACAUUUUAGGAGGGAGGCUUCCAUUGGGGGAUAAAACACUGUAACUACAGUCAGAGCUCUGGGUCCCACCAGAGUAGGUGGGUAGAAUGGCAGGUGCUCCAUUCAGUGUCCCAAGAAUCUCUGCUUUUACCAUUUUAGAAAAAAUCAAACAUCUAGCUCCAAUGAUGAGAUUCAGAUGUAAUGUCAAACUGUGGUUUGAUGCUUCAUGCAGAAACCUCAGGCUUCCCCAGCACUUCCUGAUCGGCUUAGAAGAGACUGCCUGCAAACCAGAACUGGCAAUAAUAGUCAAACUACUGUUUCUAAUUUCAAGUAUGUGGGAUAAGUAGUAUAAACUAAGAGUGGGCAGGAAGAAGAUCUCCAGAUGUUUUGGUUCUCAGAUCCCAGAAGCUCUUGACAAUAGUCUGAAAUGCUGGGAGUUGACGUUCAAAAGAUCUGGAGAUUUAUUUCUGCCCAGCUGUGGAGGAAACCAGUUCGCCUUGAAGCAGGAAGUACAGGAGGAAACUGCAAAACCCAAGUGGGGUGAACAAGUGUGCAAAUCUGAGGUACAUUCAUGUAACCACAGCUUCUUGUUAUGUCUGGACAAAGUCUGCUUCAUUUGCCUGGACUAACCUGUAAACCAAAUAGCUUCUCCUUUGGUUUGGUGUUGUAUCUCAACUGAGCUAAUGAAAAGAGCUCCCUGAAAAUCUGUCACUAAUGUCUGGUGGAAUUGUUAAAAUAGAUCAAGGGUUGGAGGGAAAACCGAACAACAAUUCUACUAGUCAAUGCCAUGUAUGGAUGUAUGCAUGCGCCUUCCUACUAAAAAGGAGAAAAUAUACAAAGCAAGCAUCUCCAGAUCUCUUGAUCUGUGCAAUUUUCAACAAUUGCUAAAAUUUGGGUAGUUUUGGCUGAAGCUCUAAAACCACUUAUUUGGGCAUAAACUCCACUGAAUUCAACUUCCUUCUGACUAGGCACGCAGACACCAUAAUUGGAAUACACUGGCACAGAAUUGGGUUUUCUCUAGCAGAAUAUGCACGGCCCUGCUUGUAGCAGCCACGUUUUAAGUGUCCCCCCGACCUUCAACAGGGCAAAUUUUAAAUGAUUUUGAAAACGUGUAUCUGGCAAAAACUGUAAGUAAAUAAUGAAAAUAGAGAUUUGUUCAUGUUAUACCAGCAGAGAAGCAAACUAGAGAGAAAGAACUUUAGGGAAGAAGUCACAAACAACCCUGUAAAUAUUGUCAGCAAAUACCCAAAGUCAGAAAUAAAUUAUUUUCUAAAGUCAUUGUUCACAAGCAGAUGAUGAUUCAUGACUUUCUGCUUUGCAAACCCAAAGCAAUUGUUAAAUAAAUACUUCAUGCCAAUAUGGAUGAAUGUUCAUAAUUCUCAGGGGGAAAUGUAAAUUAAAAAGAACAUUGCAUGAGCCACCUAAAAUUUUAAAAAAUGCUAAAAUUAAAAAAAGCCCCUACCUUAGACAUCAGUUUGAAUUUGUCUUGUGAUUUUUAAUUAAUUGUACAGGAAAUGACUGAGAUUGCUACAUUCUCAGUUUUACAUUUGUCACUGUACAUUUUGUAAUGUG